AGGUGUUUGCUUGACGUAGAUAAGGUAUCUCAGUUUGGAGGUGAUCUCAAACAUUUUUGGUUGCUAGCAAGCUAUCGGUAUUCUUACCAACACACUACCGUCUUGGAUGAUAAUACCCUACAGCGCCUCAUUCAAACUAUCAGCAUCAUUUUGCUGCACAGGAGGUCGCUGGAUAUUGAGAGCUAGUACUAGGUAGAUAGCAAGAUAUUUAGCUAACAAGCCAGUGUCUAAAAGGAAUCACAAGUCACAAGAAUGAAAGGAAAGACCGCAAUUUUACUUAUUGUGCUACUUGGAUUUGCACACCUUAUCGCUGUUGCACGAAGCGACGAGGAUGAUGUAACAGAAGAGGUAGAUGAUCCAGAGGAGGAUGAGGAUGAGGAUGAAGAGGAAGAUGAGGACACUGAGGUCAAAGAUGAAAAUGGAGUGUUAGUCUUGACGGAUAAUAACUUUGACACCUUCAUUGAGGAUAAAGACACAGUUCUGGUCGAGUUCUAUGCACCAUGGUGUGGUCACUGUAAGCAGUUUGCUCCUGUAUAUGAGAAAAUUGCUCAGACACUGAAAGAAAAUGACCCCCCAAUUCCUGUGGCAAAGGUAGAUGCCACCAAAGAGAGUGCCCUUGGGAGUAGAUUUGAAGUGUCUGGAUAUCCAACAAUCAAAAUCCUAAAGAAAGGGGAGCCAGUGGACUAUGAUGGUGACCGAUCAGAAGAAGCUAUUGUGUCCAGAGUGAAAGAGGUGGCCCAGCCAGACUGGAAGCCCCCACCAGAGGCCACCAUAGUCUUGACAAAGGACAACUUUGACGAAGUGGUCAACAAUGCUGAUAUUGUACUGGUGGAGUUUUACGCACCCUGGUGCGGCCACUGCAAGCGUCUUGCCCCAGAGUAUGAGAAGGCAGCGAAGGAGCUCAGCACCCGCAGUCCUCCCAUUCCUCUGGCAAAGGUUGACGCAACAGCGGAAACCGAGCUUGCAUCCAGAUUCGAAGUGACUGGAUACCCAACUCUUAAAAUCUUCCGGAAGGGCAAGCCUUUUGAAUACAACGGACCAAGGGAGAAAUUCGGAAUUGUUGACUACAUGAGCGAACAGGCAGGACCACCGUCGAAGCAGGUCCAAACUGUAAAACAGGUUCAGGAAUUCAUCAAAGAUGGAGAUGAUGUUGUCAUUGUGGGCGUCUUCUCCACUGAGCAGGACGCUGCAUUUGAAAUCUAUCAAGAAGCUUGUAACACCCUGAGGGAUGACUACAAGUUCCUCCACACGUUCAAUAAUGCAGUUUCCAAGUUCCUCAACACUUCUCCUGGACAACUGGUUACGGUCCAGCCUGAGAAAUUCCAGUCAAAAUAUGAAGCAAAGUCUCAAUUCUUAACAAUUGAAGACUCCACCACUGCUUCUGAAGUGCAAGAGUUCUUUAAAAAGCACGCUCUUCCAUUGGUUGGACACAGGAAACAAAGUAACGAUGCUAAACGUUACACUAAGAGACCCCUCGUUGUUGUGUAUUAUGGAGUUGACUUCAGCUUUGACUACAGAGUGGCUACACAGUUUUGGAGGAACAAGGUGUUGGAAGUUGCUAAGGAUUUCCCAGAGUACACUUUUGCCAUUGCUGAUGAGGAAGACUAUGCUGAUGAGUUAAAAGGCCUGGGUCUCAGUGAGAGUGGGGAGGAGGUUAAUGUGGGAAUUCUUGGAGAAGGAGGCAAGAAGUAUGCCAUGGAGCCAGAGGAAUUCGACUCUGAUGUGCUAAGGGAGUUUGUCAUGGCCUUCAAAAAAGGCAAACUGAAACCAAUUAUAAAAUCUCAACCCAUCCCCAAGAAUAACAAAGGUGCAGUCAAGGUCGUGGUCGGCAAGACCUUUGAGGAAAUUGUCAUGGAUACAAAGAAGGAUGUCCUCAUAGAGUUCUAUGCACCAUGGUGUGGUCAUUGUAAAAAGCUGGAGCCUGAGUACCUUGCUCUCGGGAAAAAGUACAAGCAUGAGAAAAACCUGGUCAUUACCAAGAUGGAUGCCACUGCAAAUGAUGUGCCUCACGACAGUUACAAAGUGGAGGGUUUCCCCACCAUCUACUUCGCUCCCAGCAACAGCAAGCAGAAUCCCAUUAAAUUUGAAGGCGGAAGCAGAGAUGUGGAGGGUUUCAGCACAUUCUUGGAAAAGCAUGCAACAAAAUUGUCACAAAAGAGGGAUGAACUUUAAUAUUCCAAAACUGACUGAGAACUUUGAAGCAAAAACACGUGAAUUCAGUAGUUAUUGGAGUUUCUUUCAUGAGCUGGUGGUGUUCUCACAGAUGGAUGUUGCCAUUUGAUUCUGUUAACUAAUAUUUAUGAGAUCAAGAAAUUUCCUUUUCCAAAGCAUGCACUGUAUACCAGCUGAAGUAUUUUCUUAAAUCUUUUUAAAUAAAAGAUUAAAAAGGUUGUUUUAUUGUUUGUUUAAGGGGAAUAAGUUGUACAGAAUCCAAGUUUCCUGUUUAUUAGGAGGGCAGCCAUUCCUCAAAACUGUGUACUGUAUUCAUGAAAGGGCUGAGAAUGGGGUAAUAUGGGUUAAAUAUGCUUUGGUCUUUGCAGUAAAUGCUCCAUGAAAUGGCUACAUCCCCACUGGAUGUUCUAGCCUAGACUGAUAGCAGCUGUUUAUUGUAUUUUGUUGAAUGAUGAAUGUCUGACAUCUCAGUAUCAGCUAUAUUAAAACAAACCAGAAAGAAAACAGCUUUGACCCAUACACAAGGCGCAUAGGGGUUUGACUUGGCAUUUCACAUGUCUGAGAAUUCAAAGUGGAUACAUCUGCAAUAAAUUUGAACUAGCCCCCCAUAUGAAUGGUCCAAUAAUUUUACUGAAUGGGAAACUAUGUACUGUAUUUUCUUACAGCAACCAUCACUGCAGCUAUAUUCAACAAAGUAUUAAAGGCAACUAUCUACUUUACAGGUAGAUACAGGUGUUUAGUAAGACGUAACGAUUGUA